AUGAGGUCGACACUUCUCGAAGAUGCCUGUGGUCAGCGCGGGUUCGAGGUCAGGUUCCUGCGGCUUUUCAUGGUCAGCGGUGAAGAAAAAAAGGAGUCGAUCAAAACUGUCGGAAGAGCCUUAAUGAUUCCAGUUCUUCAGCUAACACGCUCCAAACCUAACGACACAUGUCUUCGAGGAGUUGUGGUUUCGCUAACUAUUUCCUCCUCGACUCCUGGCCACAGCUUCGACGGAUUUUCCGCCCCCGCGAACAACAAAGAACUCUUGUCACAACUGCCUCAUCAUGCGUGCAACCUCCCCCUCUCGAAGUAA